AUGCGUUGUCACCCUCUCCACCGCCCCCAGCGCAACAACAAAGGGUGCGACUCGAUCAGUUCACCACGCGAGGGCGCAUUCGCCAGUUGCAGCCCAGCCCUGCGCCUGCGCAAUGUUGGAGCGGAGCGGAGCCGGGGGCUGGAAGGCGGCGGAGCACCCCGCCCCGGGCUGCGGUUGCGCGUCAGCGACCCGCCGUCCCGGCUGCAGGAGACGCGGAAGCUGUUCGAACGGAGCGCCCCGGCGGCCACCGGCGGCGACAAGGAGGCCGCGGCGCGGCGGCUGCUGAGGCAGGAGCGCGCCGGCCUGCAGGACCGGAAGCUGGACGUCGUGGUGCGCUUCAACGGCAGCACCGAGGCGCUGGACAAGCUGGACGCCGACGCCGUGUCGCCGACGGUCAGCCAGCUCAGCGCCGUCUUCGAAAAGGCCGACUCGAGGACCGGCCUCCACCGUGGGCCUGGGCCCCCCAGGGCCGCGGCCGCAGGGGCUCCCCAUGUCAACUCGAAGCUGGUCAGUAAGCGGUCCCGGGUGUUUCAGCCACCGCCCGCCCCGUCGGGGGAUGCCCCAGCCGAGAAGGAGCGUGGCCCUGGAGGGCAGCAGCCCCCGCAGCACCGAGUGGCUCCUGCUCGGCCGCCCCCCAAGCCCCGGGAGGUGCGCAAGAUUAAGCCGGUGGAGGUGGAAGAGAGCGGGGAGUCGGAGGCCGAGUUGGCGCCCGGAGAAGUGAUCCAGGCCGAGGUGACGGUCCACGCGGCCUUGGAGAAUGGCAGCACCUUGGCAACCACAGCCAGCCAUGCGCCCGAGGAGCAGAAGGCCCAAGCGGCCCCCGAGGAGGAGGUGGCGACGGUGGCAGCGCCAGAGAGGGGGGUGAGCAGUGUCCGGGCCCCGGACGUGGCCCCGGAGGAGGCGGAUGAGUCCAAGAAGGAGGACUUCUCAGAGGCGGACUUGGUGGACGUGAGUGCCUAUAGUGGGCUGGGGGAAGACUCUGGGGGCAGUGCCCUGGAGGAGGACGACGAAGACGAGGAAGAGGAUGGGGAGCCUCCCUACGAGCCCGAGUCAGGGUGCGUGGAGAUCCCGGGGCUAUCGGAGGAAGAGGACCCGGCCCCGAGCCGGAAGAUCCACUUCAGCACAGCUCCCAUCCAAGUGUUCAGCACCUACUCUAAUGAGGACUACGAUCGUCGCAAUGAGGAUGUGGAUCCCAUGGCGGCCUCUGCUGAAUACGAGCUGGAGAAGCGGGUGGAGAGGUUGGAGCUGUUCCCUGUGGAGCUGGAAAAGGACUCCGAGGGCUUGGGCAUCAGCAUCAUCGGCAUGGGGGCCGGGGCGGACAUGGGCCUGGAGAAGCUGGGCAUCUUCGUCAAGACUGUGACUGAGGGUGGCGCAGCCCAUCGGGAUGGCAGGAUCCAGGUGAACGAUCUCCUGGUGGAAGUGGAUGGAACAAGUCUGGUGGGAGUGACCCAGAGCUUUGCAGCCUCUGUGCUCCGCAACACCAAGGGCCGAGUGCGGUUCAUGAUUGGCCGGGAGCGGCCGGGGGAGCAGAGCGAAGUGGCCCAGCUAAUUCAGCAGACCCUGGAACAGGAGCGAUGGCAGCGGGAGAUGAUGGAGCAGAGAUACGCCCAGUACGGAGAGGAUGACGAGGAGACGGGAGAGUACGCCACUGACGAGGAUGAGGAGCUGAGCCCCACGUUCCCAGGCAGCGAGAUGGCCAUCGAGGUGUUUGAGCUAGCAGAGAACGAGGAUGCACUGUCCCCUGUGGACAUGGAGCCCGAGAAGCUGGUGCACAAGUUCAAGGAGCUCCAGAUCAAGCACGCUGUGACUGAGGCAGAGAUCCAGCAGCUUAAAAGAAAGCUGCAGAGCCUGGAGCAGGAGAAGGGACGCUGGCGGGUAGAGAAGGCCCAGCUGGAGCAGAGUGUGGAGGAGAACAAGGAGCGCAUGGAGAAGCUGGAGGGCUACUGGGGCGAGGCCCAGAGCUUGUGCCAGGCUGUGGAUGAGCACCUGCGGGAGACCCAGGCCCAGUACCAGGCCCUGGAGCGCAAGUACAGCAAGGCCAAGCGCCUCAUCAAGGACUACCAGCAGAAGGAGAUUGAGUUCCUGAAAAAGGAGACAGCGCAGCGUCGGGUUCUGGAGGAGUCAGAGCUAGCUAGGAAGGAGGAGAUGGACAAACUCCUGGACAAGGUGCCAAAUAGCCAUAACCUCCUCCUGGAACUGUUCUGUGGCCUCUCUGGGGUCCAGGUUUCCUGGUCAAGCCCAGGAAUGCCAGGGAGGAGAGGAGCUCCGGGACCCUGCCCCCAACCCCGGGAUGGAGCGGCUCGAGCCUGCCCGGAGCCCCCCGCGGCCGGGGUGACGGUCCCUCUUCCGCCCGGCCCCCGCCUCGAGCACCAUGGGCCUGAGGGGCUCCCGAGGCGCCGGCCGCUGAAGAUGACCGAUGCUGGAGACCUGGACUUGGCUGUGCCAGAGACCACCAGACUGGACAGCAGUUUACACAAAGCCAGGGCCCAACUGCUGGCCAAGGGCCGGAGACACCGACCCUCUCGCUCCAGGCUUCGGGACAGUGCCAGCUCCGCCGAGGAUGGUGAAGGCUCUGAUGGGCCCGGAGGCAAGGUCACACAGCUAGUGAAAGGCACCAGAACUAGGUUGCCUGAUUCUAAGUCAAGAGAAUUUCUAGCACUCCACACUGCAGCCAAAGGAGGCAGGCAAGCCACCACACAGACUAUUUCCUUCCCUCUCUCCUCCAAAGAUGACAGCCGGGAUGCCAGCCCUCCUGAGCCUGCCAGCCCCACCAUUGGCCUGGAUAAGAAGACUCGCCGAAAGUUCUUGGACCUGGGGGUCACCCUGCGCCGAGCAUCCACUGGCAAGAGCCGGAAAGAGAAGGGCAGCAACCGCCUGUCUAUGGGAAGCAGGGAGUCGGUGGAGGGGUCUGGCAGGUCAGGGGGGUCCCCGUUCCUGCCUUUUUCCUGGUUCACAGACAGCGGCAAGGGCUCAGCGUCCUCGGGCAGCACCACCUCCCCCACCUGCUCCCCUAAACAUGAGGGCUUCAGCCCUAAGAAGUCAGCUUCCCAGGAAUCCACCCUGAGUGAUGACUCCACGCCCCCCAGCAGCAGCCCCAAGAUCCCAAGUGGUCCCCGGCAGGAGGCCAAGUGUUCCUACCCCUAUCACACGCUGUCCCAGUCUUCAGAUGAGUUCCUGGAUGAGCCCCUCCCCACUGUGCAACACUGGACCAGUCAGCAGGUGGGCCAGUGGCUGCACAGCCUCAACCUGGAGCAGUAUGCGCCUGAGUUUGCUGCACGGCAGGUGGACGGGCCGCAGCUACUGCAGCUGGAUGGGAGCAAACUGAAGAGCCUGGGGCUCAGCAACUCGCAUGACCGGGCGCUAGUGAAGCGGAAGCUGAAGGAGCUGGCAGUGGCUGCUGAGAAGGAGCGCAAGGCCCAGGAGAAGGCUGCACGGCAGCGAGAGAAGCUCCGGCGCAGGGAGCAGGAGGCCAAGAAGACGUAGGAGAGGCAGGGACAGGCGCUGGCACCCAGGCACGGGGCAGCCACUGGGCUCGGCGGGCACAGGCCUCACCAGGGAGGCUGGGCCUGGGCGCCAAGCUUGGGCUGGCCUGGCUCCAUGCUCUCAGGGCGUACAUGCCCUCUCUCACCGUGUCACUGUCUGCACCCAGAGCCCCCAGAAAGGGAGACCCCAGGGAGAGGGCCCAGUAAUAAAUCUGACUUCGAGGACUUGUUUGGCACAGAGUUUCUGGGGGAGGUGGCAGAUGAAAGGAAGAGGGCAGAGAGGCCAGGGCUGGAGCAAGUCUGGGAGCCCAGAGUAGCCUAGGUCAGGCUGACCCUCUGCCUUCAGGCUGGAAGUGAGCUAGGACACCUGCCUGCCUGCCAGAAGCCCUGAGAUGGGGCCAGGGUCCCAGGGCUCAGAGAGGUAGGCUGAGCAUCUUGGCAGCAGGGUGGAUAGUGCUGUUCCUCUCCAGCUCUCCAAGGUGGCUAUGUGGUGGGGGAGCUCUGCUCUGCACCCCCAGGAAGCCCAAAGGGCACUACAGCAAGUCACACUCAGGGUAGACUCCCAGCCCACCUCCUCAACAGGAGAGUGGAGAAAUCAGCAUGGGAUCAGUGCGAUCUUUGCGAGGACUUCAGGAGAAGGAAGGGCCGUUCACCCUUGCUUCUCCUUUCCCCUUCCCUGUCCUGUGGGUCCCAAUGGGCAAGAUGAGAUCCACACAGGUCUGCCCUUCCUGGGGCCCACUCGAGGCCUGGCCUUUGACCCACUCUCCAAGCCAGGAUCCACUUCUCCUCCUGCUGCUCCUUCAGAGGGCACAUGAGCCCUCUUUGGGGACACAGCAAACUUAGGAGCUGAUGGGGAUAGAGGACACCCCCAGUAAUGCCUGGGUGAUGCUUAACAGGUGAAUCCUCACCAUGGCCAGUCUGAAAGGCAAAAUCUGGGGGCCCCUGGAAGCCGCUGCAUUGGACGGGUUCAUCACCCCUCUCCAAUCUGCCCUGGUCAUUGCUGGGGCCUCAGUGAGCGCUAGAACUGGCAGACAGCACAGGCUCUGGUUCGCUGGGGCCAGCCCCCUGGGUGGGGGUGGAACCUGUCCUUUUUAGGAAAGGCCAAGGAGUGUCCAGGUACAGUGCUGGCCAGCAGCACACCCAGCACCCCCUCCAUCUCCCCAUAUCUGCCUGGAGUGGAGGACAGGACCAAGUGCAUGCUCACUCCCCUCAUUCCUGCCUCGGGGCUGUGUCUUAUGCAGGGCCCUGUCCGUGGGACCCAGCCUUGUCCUCCCCUCUGCCGUCUGUGCUGGGAGAGGAGCUUCAGAGGGAAACUGAAAUAUGGAGACCCUGGCACCAUCUGGGCAUGGUGCAGGGGCUGGUGAGGAGAUUGGAAGGCACCCGUCCUUGAAGCUGUCAGGAGCUAUAGUGGGGGUCCACCUGCAUGUGAAGGGGGGAGGCAGUUCUGUUUACUUCAAUAAACACUUAUAAUGUGCCA